AUGCUCUUGGAAGCGGCUGACACGGUAAAGAUUAAUGGUGUCACUGAGGGCACCAUCAGGUUGAAAUUGUUCCCAUUCUCUCUUCGGGACAAGGCUCGACAGUGGAUGAUGUCACUGCCGACGGGGAGUAUUGGCACUUGGGAAGAGAUGACUGAGAGGUUUCUUGCAAAGUUCUUCCCACCAUCUAAGGCAUCCCAGUUGCGGAGUGAGAUUGGAUCUUUCUGCCAAAAUGACUUUGAGCCGUUGUAUGAAGCUUGGGAACGGUUCAAGGACUUGCUCAGAAAAUGUCCUCAGCAUGGGUAUGAUGAGUGGAUGCUGAUUGACAGGUUCUAUAAUGGGUUGAAUGGCCAAUCGAGGACUAUUGUUGAUAGCACUGCAGGUGGAUCAUUGAUGGCAAAGUCUAUUCCAGAGGCCUACAAUUUGCUUGAAGAAAUGUCUACCAACAGCUAUCAAUGGCCUUCAGAGCGUUCAAUUCCGAAGAAAACUGCUGGUAUUCACGAGGAGGAUCCGUUAACUUCAUUGUCAGCACAGGUUUCAGCUUUGUCAAAUCAGAUUGCAGCAUUGACUAACAGAGAAGCGUCAUCUAGCAGAGAGGCAGUGGCAGGUGCCAGUACACUUUUUGUACAGGAUGAGUACACUCGGGAGCAGGUUCAUAGGAAUGUUUUGCAACCUCCUCCGGGUUUCAACCAACAAGUGGUGGAAAAGAAACCUUCUGUGGAAGAUUUGUUGAGUACCUUCAUUGUUGAGACUAGAGGGAGGUUUAACAAGGAUGAGGCUAGACUUGACAACAUUGAGACACAUUGUAACAACAUGAAUGCAACCAUGAAGUCUCUUGAGGUGAAAAUCGGUCAACUAGCCAAUGCGGUUAAGGGGCAAUCAUCUGGCAAGUUCCCAAGUGAUACGGAGCCUAAUUCCAAAGACCAUUGCAAGGCUAUCACCUUGAGAAGUGGGAAAGAAGUUGAGGCUCCUAAGCCCCAAGAGGAUAAAACCAAGGAAGAAGAGGUAGGAACCGAGCAACCGAAGGAAAGUGCAAGGCCUAAGUCAAUCUCUUUUCUGGAUAAUCCUCCUCUCAUUGCUCCUACCCUCCCGUAUCCGCAAAGAUUCAAGAAGAAGAAGUUGGAUGCUCAAUUUUCGAAGUUUUUAGAGAUUUUUAAGAAGAUCCAUAUCAACAUCCCCUUUGUGGAUGCACUUGAACAAAUGCCUAAUUAUGUCAAGUUUAUGAAUGAUGUCAUGGCAAAGAAGCGGAGGUUGGAGGAUUUUGAGACCGUCAAGCUAACAGAAGAGUGUAGCGCUAUCCUUCAAAGGAAGUUGCCUCAAAAGUUGAAAGAUCCUGGGAGUUUCACUAUUCCGUGUACUAUUGGAGAUUCUCACUUUGAGAAGGCCUUGUGUGAUCUUGGAGCUAGCAUCAAUCUUAUGCCUCUGUCCGUCUUUCGAAAGCUUGGACUUGGGGAAGUCACAUAG